AUGAAGUGUUUUCAUUUCUCGAAAGAUUUAGAAGAAGAAGAUGGAGGAGGAGGAGGAGAAGCGAUAAUUCCAUCAAGGGUAUCAUCGAAAGUAUCAUGGGCAAGAUCAUUGAGUGUUGCGUCAUCAAGCACUACAGCAGAUGCUAGUCAUAGGCGUAAUUCGGAGUAUGAUUCUUCUGAUUAUUCAAGAGAUUUGAAUGAUACGAUCAAUUUCCAUGAUUUUUUGUCUCAGAGAAGGUCCAAUGAGUUACAUGUGUUUAAGUAUGAUGAAUUGAGAUGUGCUACUAGAGGGUUCAGUAGGAGUUUGAUGAUUGGUGAAGGUGGAUUUGGUUCUGUUUAUAGAGGUGUUGUUAAGAUUAACAAUGAUGUUGGUGAUGAGGUUGAUGAUGAUGAUGAUGAGAAGUUGGAUGUUGCUAUUAAACAGCUCAAUCGGAAUGGAAUGCAGGGGCACAAAGAGUGGAUUACAGAAGUGAAUUUCUUGGGUGUGGUUAAACAUCCAAACCUUGUCAAAUUAGUAGGGUAUUGUGCCGAAGAUGAUGAAAGGGGUAUGCAACGCCUCUUGGUUUACGAACUUAUGAGAAAUAAAAGCUUGGAAGACCAUCUACUUGCUCGGGUGCCUUCUCCUCUGUCGUGGAAAAUGAGAUUACAAAUUGCUCAUGAUGCUGCCUGCGGUUUAGCAUACCUUCACGAAGAAAUGGACUUUCAGUUAAUAUUUCGGGAUUUCAAAACUUCAAACAUUCUGCUGGAUGAAAAUUUCACUGCAAAACUUUCAGACUUUGGGUUGGCCAGGCAGGGACCAGCUGAAGGACUUGGUCAUGUUUCAACAUCGGUUGUGGGUACAGUAGGCUACGCAGCUCCGGAGUACGUUCAAACAGGUAGACUGACAUCUAAAAGUGAUGUUUGGAGUUUUGGUGUGGUCCUCUAUGAGCUCAUCACAGGAAGACGAUCAGUUGACAGAAAUCUACCGAAGAGCGAGCAGAAACUCUUGGAAUGGGUUAAACCCUAUGUAUCAGGCUCCAAGAAAUUCUAUUUGAUUAUGGAUCCACGGCUAGAAGAUCAGUAUUGCAUAAAAUCAGCUCAAAAACUUGUUUCCCUAGCUAACAAGUGUCUCAUGAAGCAACCAAAAUCCCGUCCUAGAAUGAGUGAAGUAGUAGAGAUUCUUGGACAGAUGAUCAUAGACACAUCAUUGCCAGAACCUGUUAAAAUAGAUGAUAAUCUGAAAGAAAAUGAAGAACCUAUUGUUGUGCCUGAACAACCAACAAAACAAAGUAAUAGUUACCGGAAAAAAGUACUUGAAUUCAAAGAUUUGGUGAGUUUAAGAAGCAGAACUAGUGGGAAGUUAGAUUGGAGAAAUUGGACACCAGUGGUAAGAACAUGGUGAUUACUCUAGAUUAUUAGUUAAACUUGUGGAGAUGAUGACAGAAUGUUCUUCCAUGAAAGGUCUCUUGCGCAAUUACAAGUAUAUGCAUUCAGUUUCGAACACCAUUUGAUAUCUUUUGAGAAAAGUUGGCAGAGUAUAACAGAGUUAGCUGCAUCGUUGUGCAAGGAUAUAACAGUUCAGGAAGAGGGAUGAAUCUGUCUUUCUCCCAGUUCUUUUUCGUUGAAAUUUUCAUUUUGUGUAUAUAAGUCUACGGAGAAGGUAUCUACUGAAACUUGGUUACCAAAUAUUCAAUUCAAUUGUGUUUUUCCUUGAUUUUGUCAAACAUGUCUUGAGAUGUAAUUGCUCAACCACCGAAGAGUGACAUAUAUGUAAACCAUAUUGGUGAACUCUCUUUGUCAUUUAUGUAAUGUGACAACGGCAACGAUACAGCUAUGAUAUGCCUAUUUUGCAACCUGUUUA